UUUCAAUUAACUGUCGAUCACUCUCUCUCCUUGCAUGGGCCGUAUUGUCAGAGAGGCGCGCGGGCGCAUGUGUGUGUUUGUGUUUGGUUCACUCCUCCACUCCACGGCGCAGGAUCUUUCCAUCGCUUCCGCGGAAGAACCCGUCUCUGCUGUCCCAUUUAAGAUGGAGCUGUCUGCGGCAGGCGACCGUGUGUUUGCCGCCGAGGCCAUUCUGAAGCGCCGCGUCCGUAAGGGACGGAUGGAGUACCUAGUGAAAUGGAAAGGAUGGGCAAUAAAGUACAGCACAUGGGAACCUGAGGAGAACAUCCUAGAUGAACGACUGGUUGCAGCAUUUGAACAAAAAGAGCGAGAACAAGAGAUGUAUGGACCUAAAAAGAGAGGCCCGAAACCUAAAACGCUGCUUCUAAAGUCAAGAGCGCAGGCUGCAGACACUUCCCCAAGAGUCCCGGAGUUCAAGCAUAGUCGUCCUCAGCUGCAUUCCAAGCUUCCUCCGCCCUUAGCUGCACCGUCCUACACCCCAACUGCCCCAUCUAAUGCUAAACUACAGUCGGGCGCUGCUCAGCCCAAACUGAAAAAAGACAUUCACCGCUGCCAUCGCAUGGCACGGCGUCCCUUGCCCCGCCUGGAUCAAACAGUCGGUCCCUCCGGUCCUUUUUCUUCCCGCCCAACAGUCAGUCCCUUUUCGGAAACGGUCCGUAUUCUCAAUCGAAAAGUCAAACCCAGGGAAGUGAAAAAGGGACGGGUCAUUCUGAACCUCAAAGUGGUUGACAAGGCUGGGAAUGGCGGAGUUGCUAAUAGCAGAAGGACACAUGUUCCCGCUACCCAGCAGUCCCAUUUCGGGAGGCAGAAAAUUCCAUCCCGGAACAGGGUGAUUGGUAAAAACAGGCGGUUUGGAGAAGUGUCCUACCGAGGAAUCCAGCCCCCAAUUAGGAGUUCUGGGUUUCCUGUUUUCGGAAAACUCUUCGAUUCUCACUCUCUGAGCAGUGCAGACAACCAGACUCAAAGUGGAGAGAGUCGCAACAACACAAACAAUCUCUCUUCCUCCAAAAGUUCAAAGGUCCUGGACGUGUCCAAAGGUCAGACUCUCAAUGAUGAACUGCCUCCGUCAAACUCAAGCUCGGAAGUUUCAGACGGCGAGCCACCCUCGCCGCGACAAACCCAAUUCCAGCAUUCCUCAUUAUCACCCAAAACCUCUGCAACCAACUCCCAAGAUCCUGCCCUUCACAAAGGGGGCGCUCAACCCGUGGCAUCCAAAAACAGCUCGGGUCCUUCUGCUCUUCCGUCCUCUCCUAUGUUUUCCUCUUCGUCCUCUGCGUCGUCAUCCUCAGAAGACAACGAACACAUUCUGGACCUCUCCGUACCUCAUGAAAUGGACAGGCGAUUGCGGCGACGGCAUCCCUUCUCUGGCCGUCGGCAGCUCAAGGUUCCAGAAGUUCCCGUGUCAGAGGAGCCGUCGGAGGAAGAAGAUUUGGACUGGCAUCCUGACAUGACAUCCCGAUGUGCCAAUGUGGUCGUUACGGAUAUCACAGCUAACCUCCUCACCGUAACCAUCAAGGAGUUCUGUCACCCACCAUCCGCCACCUCUCCUCCCUGCUACCCCAAAAAUGUAUCAGCUCAACACGACACACAACAACCAAAGCAUCCCCCUGGCAAAACAUGUCUAAAUAUCCCUGUUAUCUUUUUGUUUCUUUCCAUUACUGAUUUUUUAACCGCCACCCUGAAGUUCAUCGUUGUAAUUUUGGCCGCCGGGAUGGUGGCAUUUAUCGGAGCGGUCAUCUGCAUCAUCGCCGCAGUCCACAGCGGAUCUCCACCGGCAUCCGCGGCCGCAGCACAGCCCCUGGCCGACAACCAGUCGCUGUCACCGGGCGCAACCGGGAAGGCUUUUUCCUCCGGAUCCGUCGCUCGACCAGGACCGCUGGACGCUCUCCACGGCACUGAUGCGACAAGCAGAGAACGAGGGGGACCGGAGGCGCCAACAUUCUACGGUUUGACGGGACUAGGGACCGGUGGAAGCGAACAACAGGUCACCUACAGCAGACUCAUCUGCACCCCUGUCCCCGCCGGUGAGUGCAACCCGAAAAACUUUCAGCAACAAGCGGACGACCAGUCGUUAUACGCGGGAGAGGACUGGGGGUACCUCCGCACCACCGCCGAGGAGCUCCGACAGACCGUCCUACAGCAGAAAGAUGAGAUCCUCACCGAUCAGAGAACUAUACGGGAGCUAACGGUAAAGCUUUCGGAAUGCGAGAGUGGCUUGAAGGGACGGAAGGUCCCGGAACGGAGCGCUGGACUUGGGGAUGCGCGAAAAGACAAUAAGGAGCAACUCAUGAUGCGGGACGAUGCGGGAUCCUCAGUGCGGACGGCUCAUGCGGUGGAGGAGCUGGGGUAUGCCAUAACUCAAAUGAAAGACCGCAUUGAGAAACUGGAGUCUGAAAUGGCAGUGCCAGCGUUCAAUCAUUCAGACUCAAGCUCACAGAAAGCAGCAGGUGCUGCCUCUAGCGCUGCCCGUACACCAGUGGCAGCUGCACAGAGACGAGUGGAGGAUCUGGAAGGACAACUGAAGAGAAAGAUAAAACUGCUGGAGGAAGAGAGGAAAGCUCUGCGCAAAGAGACACAGAAACAUCAGGAGGAUAUUGAUUAUGGACUGGACACUGUACACCAACGGAUAAGCACUCUGGAGAAAGGUGUCUCUGAGAACAAGUUUCCAGAGGGUUACAGGCUCUCAUUUCCUGUACGGAGCGCUUCCAUGUAUGCUAUCAUAAAGCAGGAAAUCCCUGUUCUCCACACUCUGACUGUCUGCAUGUGGCUCAAACCUGGAAAGAGCAUCUUGGGAACAACAGUUUCUUAUGCUGUUUCUGACCAGAGCCAUGAGUUUGUGCUUCAGCAGUUGGUUCAUGGGCCCAUUGAGCUCAUCAUUAAUAAUGAGGUGGCGCUGAUACCUCUCAACUUAACAGUGGGCAGAUGGCAGCAUAUGUGUGUGAGCUGGAACCGGAGAGCUGGAGCGUGGCAUGCCUACCUAGGGGGCAAGCUAAAGAGUGAAGGAAGUGGCCUGGCAACCCGUCACAGCAUCCGACGGGGAGGAACCCUCAUGCUUGGCCAAGAACAGAGCUCAAUGGGCGGUCUUCGUUUCGAGGUGUCGCGGGCUAUGGUGGGAGAGCUGUCUCAGUUUAAUGUGUGGGACCGGCCACUUUCACACGUAGAGCUCUCUGCUCUUGCGCACUGCAGCACAGGGAUGCUGGGUAACGUAGUCCCGUGGACCAGCCGUGAGGUAGAGGUUUUCGGAGGCGUCACCAAGCAACCGGCCGAACAUUGCCAGCAUCGCACCAGUGCCAUACAGUGAUGGACGACUGAGGGGUUGUUUAAAGUGUCAGAGAUGGUUUCAGAAAAGAUUCAUCAGAAACCCAAGCCACCAUCAGAUAUGUAUGUUGAUUUCAAGGCAAAGGUUUUUAUUAGUGGUGUUUGCUGAAACAAGCCUCACUAUCAUUACAGCUCAGGGUUAGUGUUUUGAACAAACCCCUAACCCGUAGUGUUAAAUUUCAGCGCAUAUAGCUCGACCCACACCAUUUGUGCUACAAACAAGAAUGAUACCUCAAAUUGUGUGACUUGUUGAGGAAGAGUGUGCUCUUAUUUUUUAAGCAAGCCAAAAAAAAUUCACUUGGUGGAUGAUAAAAAAUGGGUGCAAAUAUUCUAUAGAUUUACUGAGUCACAUUUACUGUUGUUUGGUGAAUUUUCGCAAAUGAAAUACAGUCUUUUUAAAAGGAAUCCAGGCGAAUUAUUUAAAUUGGUCAUGAUGUGACCAUUGACCAAAAGAAAGCUUCUUGGUUUGAAAGUGACUUGUGAGCUAUUCUUUACAUACUGUUUGCGAAUUUUGGAGUCUGGGAAAUUUUCGGCCAAAUUCGACCAUAUCUAGGGACCAGAUUAUCUUAUCCAAUAUUAUUGGCUCUUUACCACUUACCAAUGUCCUAGCAACCACCUUAGCAAUAUACUAAAGACCAUUCUGGCAAACGCAUAGCAAUGCCCUAGCAAAACCUUAGCAUCAUGGGGUGGGUUUUGCAUGAGAAUGUUUUAAGUUAUUGAAAUUUUUUGUACUAGUGGCAAACAUUAUUUGAUGUUCGAUCUUCAGUCUCAGUACUUGAUAAAAGGAUUUAUUUUUUACCGUAGUUCAAAGUUUGCAUACUCUUUCAGAUUUGUUGUUAUUUAUGCAAUGUAGCCUAUUUGAUUGAGAUUAGAUUUGAAAAACACACACACAAACUGCUGGGAAUUUGUUUGCUUUCACUCUGCCAUUUUUUAUACUAGGUUUUUUUGUAUGUUUGAUCUAUUCAAGUUUUUUUUUUUUUUUGAUGUUUUUGAAUCACACUGUUUCUAUGGUGAUCACUCUAACAGGCUGAAUCCUAUUGGUCAGGCCAGUCCUGAAUUCUCCUCCAUUAAAAACCCUUUAACAUCAUCAGAUUCACGUCGAAUUAGAACGAACGACAGAAACAUGAGCUGUUUAAGAAGGCAUUUGGCCAGAUGAAUACUUCAGCAAUAUUUCAACGAAUAGCUAUUAAUUAACCUUUAAAGCCAUAGUUUUGAAACCCUUUAUAAUGUGGCAUCUGCAAUGACAUGCUGUUUUCAGUGUUCCUGUUCAAUGUAAUCUGCAAAUAUCCACAGACAAACAAAUAUCUUCUCAUGCUGAGAAAUGAGCAAAUAUAGCCUAGCAUAUAUAGAUUUAUAAAAAUAAAAAAAAUCUACUCAAAAUUAUAUUUGUAAAAUAAGCA